CCAGCUGAACUGUCGGUGCGGCUAUCGCUGGAAGUGUCCACAGAGGAUCGAGUUACUCUACGCCCCAUCUUUAAGCCCCAGUCAGUGCGCCGUUAGCCGCAGGACAACAGAGGAUAGCUCAAGAUCCUGGCCGCCGGGAAAGCAGAGCGUCCACACUCAUGCCUCGAUGAAGGGAAAACUACACAUUCAUCCGGCGCUCUAAAAAUGAUAGAAACAAUGGACACGCAGCGUGCCUUGCAGGCGGUGGAGCGACUCCAGGCCAAACUCAAGGAGCGGGGAGAAGUGCCCACUGAGGAGAAGCUCAGCCUGCUCAAGUCAGUGCUCCAGAGCCCCCUCUUCCAUCAGAUCCUGGCCUUGCAGAAGUCUGUCCAGCAUCUCAGAGAUCAGGGACGUUAUGUGACGCACGUGGAUCUGCAGAAGCCAGUGUCCGGAGGUCUUGGCUUCAGCGUGGUGGGCCUAAAGAGUGAGAACCGCGGAGAGCUCGGCAUCUUCAUCCAGGAAAUUCAACCAGGAAGUGUCGCUCACUGCGAUGGGAAACUCAAAGAAGCUGACCAGAUAUUGGCCAUUAAUGGCCAGCCUCUGGACAAGACAGUGACCCACCAGCAGGCUAUAGGCAUCCUGCAGAGUGCUUCAGACAGGGUGCAGCUCACAGUGGCCAGAGGGCCAAUACCUCAGCUGGCCAGUCCUGCAGUGUCCCGCACGCCCUCUGCUGCCAGCACAUUAUCAGCCAACUCCAGCGCGUGGCAACAUGUGGAGACGAUUGAGCUUGUCAACGACGGCACCGGUCUUGGCUUUGGUAUUGUUGGAGGAAAAACCACCGGGGUUAUAGUCAAAACUAUACUUCCUGGAGGCAUCGCUGAUCAGGAUGGCCGCCUGCGCAGCGGGGACCACAUCCUGAGAAUCGGAGACACCGACCUGCACGGCAUGGGCAGCGACCAGGUGGCCCAGGUCCUGAGGCAGUGCGGGAACAGGGUGAAGCUGGUUGUUACCAGAGGUCCUUUGGAAGAGACUCCCUCUGCUUCUGUCAUGCCUGUGGUGCUGCCCACUGUCAGCGAACAGCAGGGCUACGAGGAAGAGGAUGCUGAGGCAUUUGAUGUGAGCCUUACUAAGAACACCCAAGGACUCGGGAUCACUAUUGCUGGUUAUGUUGGAGAUAAGAAUUCAGAGCCCUCUGGUAUCUUUGUUAAGAGCAUAACAAAAGACAGCACUGUAGACCAAGAUGGCCGUAUUCACGUUGGAGACCAGAUUAUAGCAGUCGACGGCGUGAACAUCCAGGAAUACACCAAUCAACAGGCAGUUGAAGUGCUGAGACACACGGGCCAGACGGUGCACCUUAAGCUGAUCCGGCGGGGCUUCAGGCCCGAUGAGAUCCCCCCUGUCACAGACCCCGUUGUCACCGUCCUCCCCCCUUCCACCACCAUCCCCACAACCACCACCGUCGUGAAGGAGCUGGAGCUGGAGAGAAAGAAAGCUGAGGAGGCUGCCGAAGAUGAAAAGCAGCUCCACACAAAGAGUGAAGGAUCUGAUGUCAGCCCUGCCACGGAUCAGCUAACAGAAGACAAACAUGAAGCGAGCUUAACACCUUUUGAAGAGGAGGAGUUAAUGAAGAAGUGGCAGGAAAUUCUGGGCCCAAGUAAUGAAGUUGUGGUGGCUCAGGUGGAGAAGUUUACAGAGAACAGUGGUCUGGGCAUCAGUCUAGAAGCCAACAGCGGACAUCAUUACAUUCGAUCUGUCCUUCCUGAGGGACCGGUCGGUCGCUGUGGCAAGCUGUUUAGUGGAGAUGAGCUGCUUGAGGUCAAUGGCAUUUCCUUGAUUGGUGAGACCCACAAAGAAGUAGUGAGAAUCUUGAAGGAGCUUCCGCUCCACGUGUACGUGACAUGCUGCAGGCCGGCCCCCGACCUUCAGCCUGAGAUGGAUGCUGAGCAGAGAGAAUCAGAGGCUUUGUCCACAACAUCGAAAUUGAAGAAUCAAAUAGACCUCAGCGGUGUAGUGGUUGCUGAAGACUCAGAGGUGAAUACAAUAGCGGCGACACAGGGCAACGUGAGCGAGGAGGCGAUAGGAUCCCCUUUGGCUAUGUGGGAGUUGGAGAUCCAGAAUAUCGAGCUCGAAAAAGGAGAAGGGGGAUUGGGAUUCAGCAUUUUGGAUUAUCAGGACCCACUGGACCCGGCCAAAACGGUGAUUGUGAUUCGCUCUCUGGUUCCCAAUGGUGUCGCAGAGAAGGAUGGCAGGCUGUUGCCAGGAGACCGACUCAUGUACGUUAACACCACCAACCUGGAGAACGCCAGCCUGGAGGAUGCCGUCCAGGCCCUUAAGGGGGCCAAGCUCGGCAAGGUCCAGAUCGGAGUCGCCAAACCACUGCCUGGAAUAUGUGGAUAUUCCCACUCUCCACACCCAUAUGGUGAGCAGGAAAUAACUUCAUCACCCACCAUCCAAUCAUUUGACUUCAACAGUAUUUUGGUUGAAGAAGGAGAGGAAGAAGGACUGACUGAGGGCAUCCUUUACCGAGCAGAGCCUGCAUUGAUUGAUACCAGUGAUGCAGACCUGCCUGAUGAAAAGAUGUUAGGUCAUUCUUACUCCGGGAUUGAGGACGACACUUUCCAAGCUUCCAUGAUCGCUCUCCAUGGUAGCACCUGUAGCACAGACCUGGAUUACCUACACUCAUCCACACCUAAGGACGAGGAGGCUGGUGCGAAAGAAUCGGCAGAAGAUGGAGACAAAGCAACGCUGACCUCGGGGAGCAAUUUUGAAAGGACUAUCACAGUCGUCAAGGGCAACUCCAGCCUGGGGAUGACAGUGAGCGCCUUGAAAGACGGUUUGGGGAUGUUGAUCCGCAGCAUAAUCCACGGAGGAUCCAUUAGCCGGGAUGGACGUCUCGGGGUUGGCGAUCUCAUCCUGGCUAUCAACGGAGAGCCCACUGCCAACCUGACCAACGCCCAGGCCCGCGCCAUGCUCAGGAGGCACUCUCUCAUUGGGCCAGAUAUGGGAUCUGCUUGUGCACCCGAGGACGAUCUGUGCCCAUUUUAUGUCAUUACGUAUGUCCCAGCUGAGUAUCUGGAGGAGUACAAGGCCAGCCUGGAGCAGCCUAAAGACGACGUCUUCACUGACGCAGCUCCAGCACCAGUGGCAGCUCCAGCGCUGAAAGAAAUUCCUAACCUCCCCGAGCGCGAAGACGGAGAAGGAGAAGAAAGCGCAUCUUAUAACAUCUGGAACCAACCGAGGAAAGUGGAGCUUUUCCGAGAGCCGGGCAAGUCCCUGGGGAUCAGUAUCGUCGGUGGCCGAGGGAUGGGCAGCCGGUUGAGCUCUGGAGAGGUGAUGCGGGGCAUUUUUAUCAAGCACAUCCUGGAGGACAGUCCUGCUGGACAGAAUGGGACUCUGAAGACUGGGGAUCGAAUUGUAGAGGUGGACGGAGUAAACCUAAGAGAUGCUAGUCACGAGGAGGCAGUGGAGGCCAUACGGAGGGCAGGGAACCCUGUCUCCUUCCUGGUCCAGAGUAUUAUCCAGAGGCCGAGGCCCGAGUCAGUUUAUUGCCCAGUUUCAUCGCCCGCAGUAAAGAAACACACCACUGCUUUCACACACAUGCCACCUCGCACAUGUCAGUCAUCGAUAACAGACUCGAGUGAGGAGAGAGCUGCUGCAGCCGCAAGAAGGGACAACAAGGACAAGGAGGGUGACAGUCACAGUAGACUUUUCCUCCGCCUCUCCCCAACUAACCCUUUCACUCCUACCCCGUUUAAGCUGGCGAAGCGUGAAGCGGCAAAGGCAUCUCCCACCAGCGCUGUCCUCACCCUGCCAGUGGUGCCUCAUGUGGGAGAGACUGAUACAGACACGCUGACAGAGAUUCCUGGCAGUCCUGCUGAGACUGCUGAGGAGAAAAAGGAGGAGGGGGAGGAGCCCGAGGACGAGUACGGAUAUAAUUGGAAGAACAUAAUCCAGCGUUAUGGCAGCCUCCCAGGUGUCCUCCACAUGAUUGAGCUGGAGAAAGGCAAAACAGGCCUGGGCCUCAGCCUGGCAGGGAACAGGGACCGCUCACGCAUGAGCGUGUUCGUGGUGGGAAUAGACCCCAGCGGGGCGGCCGGUAGGGACGGACGUAUGGUUGUUGGGGAUGAGCUGCUGGAGAUCAACGGACAAGUUCUGUACGGCCACAGUCAUCAGAACGCGUCCUCCAUCAUCAAGAGCGCUCCAUCCAAAGUCAAAAUCAUCUUUGUCAGGAACACCGAAGCGCUCGACCAGAUGGCGGUGGGACCAGUGAGGGAGCACGAGGGAGACGCUGUGGAGCCCCACGCUGAGCCAGAAGAAGCUGCUGCUAAUGGCGACGCCGAUACUUCGAACUACGUUCAUCACAUCGUAAAUCUGAAGGAGGACGGAGGACUCGGCAUCACUUUUGUUGAGGGCGACACAGAGGCCGGGGUUGAAAUUGAGAGUAUAUCUGAAGUGCAGGGACACACCAGCAAAGAGGGCUGCAUGAAACCUGGGGACAAACUCUUAGCUGUGAAUGGCGAGUCUGUGCUCGGAUACACUGUUGAAAAGGUCUCGUCACUGCUGAGAAAAGCCACAGGUCCAGUGAAGCUAACCUUUGCUACAAAGGAGAUCCCCUCUUCUUUCGCUGGUGUCCAGUCGAUCUGCCAGGAUACAAGCUUUUCAGAUGGAGUCCUUGCUAGCGUACACAGCAUGCCUAGCAUCUUCCCAAGUCAGCCAGAGGCAGAAGCAGCCACCAGUCUUAGUCGCUCAUCCACCCCUUCCGCUCUGGCCUCUGACCCGACGACCUGCCCCAUCAUCCCCGGCUGUGAAACAACCAUCGACAUCUCCAAGGGCCGCACAGGCCUGGGCCUCAGCAUCGUGGGAGGCUGUGACACUCUGCUGGGGGCCAUCAUUAUCCACGAAGUUUAUGAAGAAGGGGCGGCCUCCAAAGAUGGGAGGUUAUGGGCAGGAGACCAAAUCUUAGAGGUGAACGGCAUCGACCUGCGAGCGGCCAGUCACGACGAAGCCAUCAACGUGCUGCGGCAGACGCCGCAGAGGGUCCGGCUGGCGGUCUACAGGGACGAGGCCCAGUACAAGGAGGAAGACCUGUGGGACUCCUUCACCGUGGAGCUGCACAAGAAUCCUGGCCAGGGCCUGGGACUGAGCAUUGUCGGGAGGAGAUCGCGGGAUCAGAGGAACGACACAGGGGUGUUUGUGUCCGACAUCGUGAAAGGAGGUUUGGUGGACGCUGACGGUCGGCUGAUGCAGGGCGACCAGAUACUGUCGGUCAACGGUGAGGACGUCCGGUCAGCCACUCAGGAGGCCGUGGCUGCGCUGCUGAAGUGCUGCGUGGGAUCUAUCAAAAUGGAAGUGGGGCGGUUUAAGGCGGGGCCCUUCCACUCGGAAAGAAGGCUGUCUCAAAGCAGCCAGAUGAGUGAGACAGGAAGCGCCAAGGUGGUCUCUCAGCCAUGUUCAGAUCCUGACACCCUUCCUGGUGACUCUGACACGCUUAGUACAAGCCAAGAAUACCCGGAGCAUCAGGAAGUCAGAACAGUGGAGUUCACUAAAGGCCCCGCUGAUUCUCUGGGCAUCAGCAUAGCGGGCGGAGUGGGCAGCCCCCUGGGCGACAUCCCCAUCUUCAUCGCCAUGAUGAAUCCAGUCGGACUUGCUGCUCAGACCCAGAAUCUCAAGAUUGGGGACCGAAUCGUCAGCAUAUGUGGAACCUCUGCUGAAGGCAUGAGCCACUCUCAGGCCGUCGCCCUGCUCAAGAACGCGACAGGAACGAUACAGCUGCAGGUGGUUGCAGGUGGCGACACCACCGUGACGGGUCCCCCUCAGGAGCAGGUCGGUGGGGCUCUCACGCCCAGCUGCAUCUUCCAGGACGACCUCGGCCCUCCUCAGUAUAAGACCAUCACUCUUGAUAGAGGACCAGACGGGCUGGGUUUCAGUAUAGUCGGAGGGUACGGCAGCCCCCACGGAGACCUGCCCAUAUAUGUGAAAACUGUUUUUGGAAAGGGCGCAGCAGCAGAGGACGGGCGCCUGAAGCGAGGAGACCAGAUCAUGGCCGUCAACGGGCAGACUCUGGAGGGGGUUUCCCACGAAGAGGCCGUCAGCAUCCUGAAGAGGACCAAAGGAACCGUCACGCUCACCGUGCUGUCAUAGACCGCCCCCACCUCCACACACACUAUACCCACUCCUUAUCCUCUGCUCACAACAGCAUUCACUUCACCUCCGCGCACCUUUUCUGCAAACUCGCAGCAGCAGCGUGCCGCGACGAGGUGCUCGUCUGUGAAAGCACCCGCACACUGAAACACAAACAGUGUGAUCAUGAAGAAGCUUACGCCACUGUGAUGUGUGAAGGCCUGUUACAAGCACGUGUUGUGCUGAAGGCUUUACUUAGUCGUAAUGGGAAUCUCAACGAGGCUGUAAAUAGUAUUAGAAACAUUCCACCACUCUGGAUUUGAAGUAUUCACUGGACACUUUGGAUUGUGUUUAGUGCUGUCAGCGUUAAUCCCGUUAAAAUGACUUUAUCGCCAUAACGCGGCAAAUCUCCGUUAGCGAGUUAACGCGGAUCCCCACGUGCGUGGCGUCAACACAUUAGCGCGGUUAGCUCGUUAACGCGUUAGCGCUAUCCAGCCCCACACACUGGGGGAUGCGCGCUAAUUCGCUAGCGGUGAUUUGCCGCGUUAAUGCCGUUAACGUCAUUUUCACGAGAUUAACACUGGCAGCACUAAUUGUAUUCCUGUAUUAUUAUUAUUAUUACUUUGUUAACAGUCUGAGGGGUGACCCCAGACUCAGUUCAGAGCACAGAAUUAAAGAAGUACCCUCAAGACAAUUAGGAGAUUAUAGCAGGAUUUAGCUAACGCCUGCAUUAGCUUAAAACAGCGUUAUUUGUCCGUUGCGUUGCACUGCUGUCGGCACACGCCCGUUUCCGCCACAAAACCCCCCCCCAAAAAGCAAGUAUCCGUAA